UACUUUACAAAGAGUUCUCGUUUUUUCCUUCUAGCAAGCAAUGGCAGAAGAACUCUCCCUCAUUGAUUUUUGGACAGCCCCUUAUGGGAUGAGAGUAAGGAUAGCAUUGGAAGAGAAAGGUAUUCAGUACCAAUUCAUAAAAGAAGACUUAUCAACCUUAGACAAGAGCCCUCUUCUGCUAAAGAUGAAUCCUAUUCAUAAGAAGAUCCCUGUUCUAAUUCAUGGAGGAAGACCAAUCUGUGAAUCUCUCAUCAUACUCCAAUAUAUUGACGAAGUAUGGAAUGAAACAUCACCUUUGUUACCUCAAGACCCUCAACAGCGAGCUCAUGCUAGGUUUUGGGCUGAUUUUGUAGACAAGAAGGUUUAUGAAUGUGUAACCAACAUGUGGAAGAAGAAAGGAGAAGCUCUUGAGGCAGCAAAGAAGGAAUUCAUAGAGACCUUUAAGUUGAUGGAAGGAGCCAUGGGAGAUGAUCUAUUUUUGGGUGGGGAAACCUUUGGCUUCUUGGACAUUGCUCUAAUUCCUUUUACUGCAUUCUUCAACACUUGUGAAAUUUUCGGAAACUUCACCAUAGAGCCAGAAUUGCCAAAGAUUGUAGCAUGGGCUAAAAGAUGUAAUGAGAGAGAAAGUGUGUCAAAAGUUCUACCUAAUCCCCCAAAAGCUUAUGAAGUCAUUUGCCUUGCAAGAAAGUUACAAGGUAUCGAAUAAUACAAGGCAUACUCGAGUGUGGAAGAACGUUGUCGGGCUAUCAUUUUCGAAGGACAAAAUAUCACUAGGAACCGAUACCCUGUAGAGAAAUGAGGUUUUCAGCUAAUUUGGUCUUCAAGAUAAUUUCUUGCGCUCUAUAGUUGUUGGAUAUGUCCCCCUCUUGGGGUUCCCCUGGCUUUGGAACUCUAUGGAUCUUCUUUUGUUCCUUUGGAGGUUGUGUUUGUCUUGGGGUCUUUGAGUAAUUUGCAUAUGAUAAAGUAAUUUUCUUAUGAUAGAAUCAAAA